AUGACCGGUGAUGGCACUACGUCUAAUGUCCUCUUGAUUGCUGAAUUGCUCAAACAAGCUGAUAUGCAUACUUCUGAAGGCCUUCAUCCACGUUUCAUAACAGAGGGGUUCGAUAUGGCUCGAAACAAAUGCUUAGAAAUAUUACCAAAGUGUCAGAUAAGUUGCUUCUCGGAUCCAGCAUCCCCCGGAACUCUGAAUAGAGGCAUACUUGAAGCUGUUGCAAGAACAUCACUCACUACCAAAGUGCAUUCUGACUUGGCUAAUCUUUUGACUAAGCACGUGGUAGAUGCAGUAUUGUCAAUUCGUAGUGCGAGUGAACCUUUGGAUUUGCAUCGCAUUGAAUUGAUGCAGAUGCAACAUAAGACUGAUAUGGACUCAAUACUUGUCAAGGGAAUAGUACUUGACCACGGUGGUAGGCACCCAGAUAUGCCUAAACGAGUUACUAAUGCAUUUAUAUUGACAUGCAAUGUGUCAUUCGAAUAUGAAAAAACUGAGGUGAAUUCUGGGUUCUUCUAUAAAACAGCAGAAGAACGAGCAUCACUCGUGAAAUCUGAGCGGGAGUUCAUCGAUAUGAGAGUGCAGAAGGUAAUAGAGUUGAAAAGGAAAGUUUGCGAUAAAGAAGGUGGUGGAGACUCCAAGCCUGGAUUCGUUAUAAUUAACCAGAAAGGAAUUGAUCCCUUCUCGCUAGACGCUUUUGCUCGAGAGGGAAUACUUGCUCUCCGUCGUGCCAAAAGACGCAACAUGGAAAGGGUCACACUUGCUUGUGGUGGAUAUGCUCUGAAUUCAGUAGAAGAUAUGACACCUGACUGUCUUGGUUAUGCUGGAUUAGUGUACGAAACUACUCUGGGGGAGGAAAAGUACACCUUUGUCGAGGAGUGCAAGGAACCUCGUUCGGUAACUUUGCUAAUGCGUGGACCCAAUAAACACACCCUUAAUCAAAUCAAAGACGCAGUAAAUGAUGGUCUUCGUGCCAUUAAAAACACAUUAGAAGACGAAUGCGUUAUCCCUGGUGCAGGGGCUUUUGAACUGGUCGCAUAUCGCGAGCUUGUUAAGUUCGUCCCAACAGUCAAAGGUCGUGCACGUCUCGGUGUCCAAGCGUUUGCGGAUGCUCUACUCGUGAUUCCAAAAGUUUUGGCUAGGAAUGCUGGUCACGAUGCUCAAGAAACUAUGGUAAAAUUGCUCGAAGAAUCAGCAAAGGCAGAAGCUCGUUGUCACGGUAUUUCACCAAUGGACCUUGUUGGAAUUGAUCUAACUACCGGAGAAGCAAUGGUUCCUGCUCAGGUUGGAGUUUACGAUAACUUCAUUGUAAAAAAGCAAAUAAUCAAUUCUUGUUCAAUCAUCGCAACCAAUCUGUUGCUUGUUGAUGAAAUCAUGCGAGCAGGAUUAAGCUCCCUCAAGGGUUAA